AUGCAGGCAAGUGGUGGCGAAAGCACCAAAUUCGACCACAUGGUGGCGAAGGGCGAGUAUGUAUGGAGAAUCGAGGGGUUUUCCUGGGUGCCAUGCGCGCUCGAGCAGGACAUGGCCGCUGAUUGGGGUUGUCAUUGGGUGCAAGCUGACACGGCCUUUCGCCUUGGCGACCAGACUUUUAAUUUUCGCUACAGCUGUGAAAACAAGGCUUGUAACGGAUAUCGAGGGCCUCUCGCCAUAGUGUUUUGCAGCAAGGAGCGCAUUGCUCUCAGGUAUGGUAUCUACGUCAGGGCCCGGAACGGGGAGUUCGUGCAAUGGAGCCAGACAAGCAAAGUCAUCCACCAUGGCGAUAGACACUGGGACCGCCAUGGAGCAUACGGCCCUGCUGACUCACGGGGCAUCUUCGGGCUGAGCCACGAGGAGCUGCUGCAGUCUGAGUGGGUGGAGAACGACACCCUGACUGUGAAGUUCGAGCUCGAAGUUCGGCCUCACCAAGACGAAGAAAUUCUGCCCAUGAUCCCUGCCGCAGAGGUUCCUGAGCCGACCAUCCUCAAGGACACACGGGCGCUCCUCGAGCAGGGCACAUGCAGCGAUGUCAGGUUCAUGGUGCAGGGCGAGGAGAUUGAGGCGCACUCCCAGAUUCUUUGUGCUCGAUCUGAGGUGUUUAGGAAGCAGCUGACUGGAGGAAUGCAGGAGAGCAUCUCGAAAGUCAUCCUGAUCGAGGACUGUGAUAUCGCCAUCUUCAAGGCCUUUUUGCAGUUCCUCUACACUGAUCAGUUGCCUGAUGCCCAGGAGCUCGUUCAGAAGGGGACCUCGCACAACAACGAGACAGAGAGCUACGGCCGCGAGUUGUCGCGGAUUCAGGCCAAGCUUUCGGAACAAGUCGACACCUCGCAGGUUUGCGGCAUCCUCUGCCAGGUGCUCACGCUGCCGGCGUAUGUCGAGUUGGUCAAGAAAUGGCCUCAGAUCGGGGUGAAGGUCAGCCUGUUCUCGGCGGGGAUGCCGGUCAGAGAGUUGUCGACAACCAUG